GUACUCAGACUUUGAGUUCCAUCAUACUGUCAAAUGGAAUUGGAAAACAUGGUUUCGCGUACCGGCCGGAAUAUGCAGCGGUACGACAAUGGUCGCCGGCAAGUCGUCGGGUGUAUACCGUACAGGUACAAGGAUACGAUUGGGACGUUGCCUUCUGAUGAAGAAUCAUCUUAUGAAGUUCUGGUCAUCAGUCCCCAGAGAAAAGGGAAAGGGAUGUUGUUUCCUAAGGGAGGAUGGGAAAUAGACGAAACAAUGGAAACUGCGGCACUGCGGGAGACCAUAGAAGAAGCAGGAGUCGUAGGUGACCUCGAGGGUAAACUGGGAACGUGGAACUUUGGGAGCAAGAGAAGUGGCAUUGCUUGUGAAGGGCACAUGUUCCCGUUGCUCGUCAAAGAGGAGCUCGACUGUUGGCCCGAGAAGAAUAUCCGACAAAGGCUCUGGAUAAGUAUCGGCGAAGCAAGAGAAGUUUGUGAGAAGGGAUGGAUGGUGGAAGCCGUGGAAUUACUAGCGAUCCGGCUGACAAGUCAAAACAGAAUGUUUUCAGACACGGACUGUAGUAGUAGCAGUAGUAGUAGUAGCAGUAACCAAGCGAUGGUUAUGCCGUUGAGGUGUGGAGGACAAAUGCUACCUCCUCCGAUAUCGGCUUCUGCGGAGGAAGCAUAGUCUGAUAUUUUGAUGGACAUGUCCAUGUCCAAGUAGCAGAGCUACCAAAUUGUUGUUUAAGAAUUAAGAAACAUUUAAUUUUUAG